AUCAGUGACAAAGAUGUAAUCCUCUCUUAAGCUUCUUAAGUGAUUCCCUUAAUCCCUACCAUCCCCCAUUAUAAAAAUGCCACUUCCCCCUCCUCCUUUUUCCACACAAAAUCCAUUACUUCCCUCUCAUAGCCUCCACAAUCUCCAUAACUUUUUUCCUCCCUCUCUCACUAUCUACUUUCUCUGCCUACGAUAAAUUUUUGUGGUUUUAAUUGUUUUACAAAUUCCACGCAUAAUUAAUCAGAGCUUUAGUGUAUCAGAUUAUCCUUUUUCUCUCUAUCUGUUGUCUGCAUGUUAUAAAUUCUUGUGUUUCAGCCAUUCUCCAAAUUCUACGUAUAAUCAGAGCUUUAGUAUACCAAACUAUACUUUUUCUCUCUAUCUGUUCUCUGCAUACAAUAAAUCCUAGUGAUUUUGGCUCUUUUUCGUAUUCCGCUCAUAGUUGGAGCUUUAGUAGACUGUCAUUUUCCUCUCUAUCUGUUUCUCUGUAUAGAGACUUUUUUUCUCUUCUAAGUAGAAAAUAGCAGGCCUAUAGAUCAACUAGUGUCGCCUUUUUUGCGUUUCUGAAUCACUGCAAAGUGCCAUGUUUUAGCUAUCGCAUCAAAAAAAAAAACAGUCAACAACAACAGCUACUGUUUUUCCCAAUUUUUAGUGUAUGGACCACUGGUACUGCAAAAAGUUGUUUCUGUGAAAGCAAUUUCUGGAAGGAAAAUCAAGUAUAGUGUGUUGUUGUACACUUUGUACUACUACUAUAGUUACUACUAAUAAGUAACCAACCAGCACCCACUGUUAUCUCACACAGAGAGAGAACGUGAAAGUUGCAAAUUAACCAAAAAUGCUUGAAACGGUUAAGUACCUGCUUGGUUCCGCCGGUCCUAGUGGCUAUGGCUCCAAAUCCACCGCCGAGAAAGUUACUGAACACUCUACUGAUCUUCGCUCCGUCACCGCAAUUAUCACUGGAGCGACGUCGGGAAUAGGAGCGGAGACGGCAAGAGUGUUAGCGAAACGCGGAGCUAAGCUGAUAUUACCGGCGCGUAGUAUAAAAGCUGCAGAAGAAACAAAAGCUCGAAUACUCUCCGAAUCCCCGGAAGCGGAGAUUAUUGUUAUGGCUCUCGAUCUUAGCUCACUUAGUUCAGUACGGAAGUUCGUAGCUGAAUUUGAAAAUCUGAAUUUUCCUCUCAAUCUACUCAUAAAUAACGCCGGGAAAUUCGCUCACCAGCACGCCAUUUCUGAAGAUGGAGUUGAAAUGACUUUUGCUACUAAUCAUCUAGGCCAUUUCCUAUUGACGAAGUUAUUAUUGAAGAAGAUGAUGGAUACAGCUAAAGAAAGUGGGGUUGAAGGAAGAAUAGUGAAUGUAUCAUCAAGUAUUCAUGGCUGGUUUUCCGGCGAUGCUAUUCAGUAUCUCCGAUUGAUCACUAAAGACAAAAGUCAAUACGAUGCAACACGUGCAUAUGCUCUCUCGAAGCUGGCUAAUGUUUUGCACACUAAAGAGCUGGCUCGAAUACUGAAAAAAAUGGGGGCAAAUGUGGCAGUCAAUUGUGUUCAUCCUGGUAUUGUGAGAACUAGACUCACUAGAGAACGCGAAGGCCUUAUCACUGAUCUGGUAUUCUUUUUGACAUCAAAACUCUUGAAAACUAUUCCCCAGGCAGCUGCGACAAGUUGUUAUGUUGCAACUCACCCAAGACUUGCAAAUGUGAGUGGAAAAUAUUUUGCAGAUUGUAAUGAAGUUUCUUCUUCAAAGUUGGGUUCCAAUAUUACAGAAGCAGCACGUAUAUGGUCAGCUUCAGAGACUAUGGUUGCCAAAAAUUCAUAUGCAAAUUCUGAUCCCUUAGAGAUCAAUUGACAACGACGACAACAACAACAUGCCCAAUGUAGUUCCACGAAGUGGGGGCUUUGAAGUUUAAUGGUCGAUAAACAGAAAAUAUCCUCACUUAAUUAGUAGUUAUAUGGUGUAGGGCUUUUGGUAUUAUGAGAGAUAUAUAAGUGAGUUCUUGUAAAAAAAAAAAAGGUUUUGCAGCAACAUAAUAGAAUAUAUAUAGAUAUUAUGUAUACAAAUCUAGGAGUAUAUGUUCAUAUAGUAAGCUAGAAACUUUUAUUAUUAUGUACAUUGGUUUUAUUUGUUCGUUCAGUUUGUGGAAAUUUAAUGUCAAUUUUACCAGUAGUAAAAAAAAAUUUGAUCGGCA